GUUUUGUGUGCGUGUGUGUGUGUGUGUAUGCAUAGUGCCCCAGAACAAUAUGAUGUCAUUCAAGCUGUGAUUCAUCCUGUUCAACGAAGAAACCUUGCCGAGAUUUCCAAGAUGCUUCAAGCUGUCUCCAGUGGUCGGCUGUUCACUGCUCAGGACAUGUUUCUCGCUCCACUCAACGAUUACGUGGCACACGCAACAAAACAAUUCAAUCAAUGGUUUAUGCAGUUGACGGACGUGGAAAGCCCCGAAGAAUACUUUAACCAGCAUUCUUUGGCGGAUCAAGUGAGAACAGAAAAGCCUCGCGUAUAUAUCAGUCCGACGGAACUGUUUCAUUUGCAUUAUGCGCUGCAAGUGAAUUUACGCGUCCUGGAACCCGAAGGCACGGGCAAAUUGCAUGGUUUGUUGCAAGAAUUAGGCGACUCGCCCUACAUGCCCAACAUGGAGUACCCGGAAUCGACCAUCUGUCUGUCCCUGACGAAUCCCAGCAACGAUCUUCCAUCCGAUCCGGCGGCCCGAAUCCAACAACUGCAAGUCGACGCCAAACGGCUCGUCAUUUAUGUGAUCAAGGUGCAAUCGGGGACCCAUUUGCAAGAAAUAUUUGAAGCCCCGGUGACUCCAGAUCAUGAGGCUGCUUGGACCUCGUUUAAAAAGGUCGAAUUCAGUGGCCCCAUGGGCGCCAAACGCCAAAUGCUGAAACUCAGUCAAUCAGAGACUCCGCUAGACCUACAAAACAUCAAGUUUUUCCAGUUGAAGAGUAUUGCACAAAAACUGGUGAUCCAUUUGGAGCGAUUGGAUGUGAUACCUCAGAGUCGACAUCAUCAGGAAAUGAUCAAUAUGAUUGCUCAGGAUAUUACGGGUAAAAACAGACGGCGGGUGCAGCGCGAUCGCGAAAUUUCCAGAAUACGGUUAACGCUUCAUCAUCUGGAAAAGAAGCACCAAUAUCUCUUGGUUCAGGGCAACCAAUACGAGGAUUAUCUCAUGAGUUGUAUGACAGCCAUGGCCACAAAACGGGGUCAGAAGCAAAGGAUGGUGCUGCCUUUUUCGCGGCAAUAUUUCCAUCUGCGUGGAUUACAAAAGCAAGGAAUGGUCCCCAAGUUUGGGUCUUACAAAUACACAGCCAAGGAAUUGUAUGAUCGUGGUGUCUUGGUGGAACUUUCCGGCAUUGACCGAAAACACUACGAUCGUAUUUCGAUGGUAUUCUCAAUGGAUCAAGCGGGCAUUAUCACCAUUGAAGGAACGUAUUCUGGUUGGAGUUUAUCGUCACUUCAAGUGGAUGUCCGCUACGAAGAAUUGCUGCAAACUCAGUUUGAAGGCAUUCAAUACAUCCAAGUGCUAGACGACAUGGCCAAAGCCAAUGUGAAUCUACUCAUCUAUUUGAUCAACAAAAAAUUUUACGCAUAAUAUUACCAUAGAUCACAAAUGGUCUAAUCCAAAUACUGUAAGAACGUCGAUGUUAAACCCUAAAUAGACUGUUGUAUAAAAAACAAUGGGUGAUCGAAUAGAGAGCAAGAACAGACGUAUGAAGCGUUCCUUAAAAAGGUCGCGGUCGUCGGUUCGCGAAUUUUUUUUAGA